GGAUUCCAGGAACCCACACCCCAGCCCGCAGCAAGUCUUCUGGGAGCAGCUGUUCCCCAGGAAGAGGCACAGCCAGCCUGGGGGCCAGGGGUGACGCACAGUCCCUCUCCUACGCCCCUCCGCCGACCCGCCAGUGACAGGGAAACUGAGGCCCCUGGCCAUGUGUGGCUCUGAGAGGUGGAGCGGGACUGAGCCCGGUGGCCAGCCAGGCAGCUGGAUGGCUUCUCUUCCUCUCUGGUCAUCCUGAGCCGAGACCUGGAGGCCCACCCACCCGGCGCCCCUAGCCUGCAUCCCCGCCCGCAGAGAUGCUGGGGCAGGGGUCGGAGCAGCCGGGCCCCGAGCCGGAGGGCGAGCAGCUGUGGGAGCAGGAGAUGGAGCGGCUCUGCGCCUCCCGGAUGCCCGUGCGCACGCUGCCCUACGCCAUGGUGGACAAGCGCGUCAUUCUGCAGCUGCGGGAGCCCGACGGGGUGCGGAGCUCGUGCCCGGAGCGCUGGCGGCGCAGGCUGCGGAAGGCAGGACGGCGCCUCCGGGAAGCAGCGCGGCGGCUGGCCCAGGGCUUUGGGCUCUGGGAGGGGGCUCUCUACGAGAUCGGGGGCCUCUUCGGCACUGGAAUCCAGUCCUACUUCACGUUCCUCCGCUUCCUGCUGCUGCUCAACCUGCUGACCCUGCUGCUGACCGUCAGCGUCGUGCUGCUGCCCCUCAUCUGGCUCCACGUCCCAGCCCCGGGUCCCGCCCUUAACUUGACCCUCCACUGCCCCGGUGGCCACCCAUCCCAGCCUGGCCUUCCCAAGUUCCACAACCAACUUUGGAAUGUCUUAACUGGCAGGGCGUUUGACAACACCUAUCUCUUCUACGGCGCGUACCGGGCGGGCCCCGAGAGUGGCACAGUCUACAGCAUCCGCCUGGCCUAUCUCCUCAGCCCGCUGGCCUGCCUGUUCCUCUGCUUCUGUGGGACGCUACAAAGGAUGGUGCAGGGGCUGCCACAGAAGCUGUUCCUGGGCCAGGACUAUAGGACACCGCUCAGUGCCAAGAUCUUCUCCUCCUGGGACUUCUGCAUCCGCGGGUGGGAGGCUGCCACCAUCAAGAAGCAUGAGAUCAGCAACGAAUUCAAGGUGGAGCUGGAGGAGAGCCGCCGCUUCCUGCUGGUGCAGCAGCAGUCCCGGGCGCAGCGGGCCUGCCAUCUGCUCGCCCACCUGCGCGUGAACGUCCUCAUCGGGCUGCUGGUGGCCGGGGCCAUCAGCGCCAUCUACUGGGCCACCAAGUUCUCGCAGGACCACAAGGAGGAGCCGCUGUUUGUGCUGCUCCAGUACCUGCCCCCUGGAGUCAUCGCCCUCGUCAACUUCCUGGGUCCCCCGCUGUUUGGGUUCCUGGUCCAGCUGGAGAGCUAUCCUCCCAGCACCGAGGUCAACCUCACCCUUGUCUGGUGCGUCAUACUGAAGCUGUCCAGCCUGGGGAUGUUCUCCUUCUCGCUGGGCCAGACUGUGCUGUGCCUCGGCAGAAACAAGACCAGCUGUGAGUCGUUCGGCUACGACGCCUGUGACUACCAGUGCUGGGAGAACUCCGUGGGGGAGGAGCUCUACAAACUGAGCACCUUCAACUUCCUCCUGACGGUGGCCUUCGCCUACCUUGUCAGCCUGCCUCGCAGGCUGCUGGUGGAACGCUUCUCCGGCCGCUUCUGGGCCUGGCUGGACCGUGAGGAGUUCCUGGUGCCCAAGAACGUGCUGGACAUCGUGGCAGGGCAGACGGUCACCUGGAUGGGCCUUUUUUACUGCCCUCUGCUGCCCCUGCUCAAUAGCGUCUUCAUCUUCCUCACUUUCUACAUCAAGAAGUACACCCUCCUGAGGAACUCCAAGCGGUCCUCCCGGCUCUUCCGUGCCUCCAGCUCCACUUUCUUCUUCCAGCUGGUCCUCCUCCUGGGCCUGCUCCUGGCCGCCGUGCCCCUGGUCUACGUGGUCAGCAGCAUCCACUCCUCCUGGGACUGCGGCCUCUUCUCCAACUACUCGGCCCCCUGGCAGGUGGUCCCGGAGCUGGUGGCCCUCUGGCUGCCACCCGCCAGCCAGCGCGCCCUCCAGUACCUGGGCUCCCACGCCUUCAGCUUCCCCCUCCUUAUUCUGCUCAGUCUCAGGCCAAUGCCAGGGCCAUCCAGGGGCUCCGGAAGCAGCUGGUGUGGCAAGUCCAGGAGAAGUGGCACCUGGUGGAGGACCUGUCGCGACUGCUGCCGGAGCCGGGCCCGGGCGGCUCUCCGGGGCCAGAGUCCCCUCGCUCCCAAGCCUCGCGCCCGCUGUCCUUCUGCCCCGGCUUCCCGUGCCCUGGCUCCCCCGGCCCCAGGUCCCAUGGGCCGGGACCCUCCCCCGCGGAUGCCGCCGGGCCGCGCUCCCCGGGCCAUGGACCGCGCGGCGCCCCGGCCCCUGCCUGCAGAUUCCGCUUCUCCAGCGGCGCGGAGGUGCUGUAGCGCCGACCCCCGCCUCCACCCGGAGCCUCCCCGGGCCCGACUUCCAGGCCCCCUGCCCCCGAGUCUCCCCUGCCCGACGCCCCUGGUCCGCGGAGACACCGCCCCUCCCCGUGCCCUCCGGGCCUCGGGCAGGGGUCCCCAAAGAGGGGCGCGCCCACCCAGGGGCAGCAGGAAGAAAAUGUGGGAACUUCUAUUAUGCUUUUGUCUCAUCCCUUUAAGACUUCUAUUUUCAUGUGAAUGUUUUAUAUUAGUAUCGUCAUUCAUGAAUACAGUUUAUAAAAACAUCUCUUGGGAGUGCUCAGAAGUUGUUCUCUGAGGGGAGCAGAGUCAU